AUCUUUGAUGCCAUUUGUUAUAUUACAUCAUAAUUUCGGAUACAUAAUUUGAAUACGAAUACAAACCAGACUUGACAAAUACUAAAAGUAUAUAGCGGGACUCUUCCAUUGGUCAGUUUGAUGACCAAUCAGAAUGAGGAUUCAUCAGUCGCUGGCACAACUGCAACCCUACAUGAUCCGCCAAUGAAGAAUGAGGUGGUGGCAAACGGAGUCUCGCACAAUGAGGCGACUUCUGCUAAAGGAGAUGUUGCCAUGAUGCCCGUCAAACAGGCCAAAGCAGAGGACGGGUCGAAACAGGAAGAAACAGUAGACGAUGGUGAUGAUUGCGUCUCUUCUGAUGCUAGUGGAAAGCUGAAGAGCCAAAUCACAGUCGUAUCAACGCAUAAACAAAACCCGAAUGGGAACCCACAAACAGUGCAAUCAAAACAGGGACAGAAAAGUAUCAGUAGUCAUCCAGAAAAGAGCACCCCUUCAGAACAGCUCCUCGUAAAUAACAACACGCUAGUGGUUGAGGUUGAACAGUCAGGAGAACUAGGGGGAGGUGGAGUUCACGGAGAGGGCUCGAACAACAAUAACAAUAUAGUUGAGGUGGAUCCGCCGCCGUCGCUUCCACCAAGAGGGGGCCCAUCGGCUGCCGUAGCCAAGUCUCCUUCUUGUUCUCCGCACGUCAACACAACAAUGUCAUCAUCAUCAUCGCCAGAAGCGGCAGUCGCCAAGCCCGUGCUGUGUCUGCGUCUGAUCAUUUCCUCUGGCUCUACGGCUGAGUUCACUGUAGAUCCAGAGUGGACGGUGAGGGAGAUCACUGCCCAGGUGCACUCCCACUGGCCCACUCAGUGGGUGCAUGACCCAGUGCCCUCGGACCCCACCAUUCUCCGACUCAUCUAUCAGGGCAGAUUCCUACAUUCCAGCAUGACGCUCAAAGCUCUCAAUCUGCAGGAGGGUCACACUGUGGUCAUGCAUCUGGUGCCCAGGGAAACUCUGCCAGAAUCCAACUUGAGUGAAGACGGGAAGAAAUCAAAACGGGAACGAGAAGGACAUUGCUGCGUUGUCUUAUGAAGAAAUUCAAAAUCCCAGUCUCGAGAGUUAGGUUAUCUUCAUUCGUUGGUUACCGUCCGUUGAUCUAGAAUAUUCUAGUUUGGUCAGGUAAUCUCUUGCUGUUUGCUGUAAUCCUCCCUCCUCCGCACCAUUUGAUGUCUACUUUACUUCGUUCCUUCCGCCCGCCCGCUAACAUGUCGCUUACAAUCAGCAGUUCUCCAAAGUAGCGGGAGGCAAAACUCAGCAAUCUUCUAGUCCUGCCCAACCGCCAAAUUCAAUGAUCAUUUAACCUAACUUCAUGUCUACUGAACUGAAAUGUUUUUCGUGACUAGUGUUUCGAAUAAUUUGAUAGUUGAUUAAUAAAGUAUUGCAUUUAGCAACUGAUAUUUUUGUUUUGCGAUGAUGAAAAUAGCACAACCUCCAGUAGUUUUAAAUUAAUUUAUAAUACAUUAGAUGUGAAAAUACAUUUUAUGUCCUCUAAAGUUCUAUAAAUAUGUCCAAUUUAAUUAAUGCCUACGAACUGCAAACUAUUUACUGUUCAUGUUCCUUUAACAAUUAAAUUUUGUUUUGGAUCUUCUGGCGAAACUGGAACAUUCCAAAAAAAAUCACAUUAUCGCUAUCGUCAUUUUUUUUGAUAUCGUGCGGUUUGUACGUGUUACUGAGCGUAGCGAAAACACUUAAGUGAUGCUGUUUUACGUAAAAGUCAAUUUUUGUACCCUUAUUGUAAAGAGACAUGAGCGAAAUGAUAAAUCAGUUAUUAAAGCCGG